CAAGAGACGCACAUGGCCUUUGAAUGGACCACACUAAAAAAUCAGUUGUGACUUACAGCCCGGAAAGGACAACAUAAGGGGACCUGCACAGACUCUGUCUUUGAAACAUUGGCCAGGAAAAAGUUGCCAGGCUUUUUCAGUCCUGACAGAUUCAUUGAGAAGUCAGCUGAUGGGACACUGAGGAGUGUUUAAGAAUCUUGAAGAACCGAAGGUUUAGACCUAAAUCUGGGAACAAAAACAGAUGAUUGGAAUGGAAAGGAUCAGCGUAGAAACAGACUGGGAUGGAUUAGGUCUCUCCUCUCCAGGCGCCUCCGAAGGAAACAACUUCUCUGUGUUUGUAACUGAACUGAGCUCGUUUAACGCUUCUCGCACCGGAGGAUCCAUCUUUGGUAUCUUUCAAGAGAAUGGCUCCAACAACACUCCUCACUCCCUGCCUCAACCCCGGACCAGGGACCAAGGACUGGCCCGGGCUGAGAUCGCCGUUUUGGGGAUGGUUCUGGCUCUCACCACGCUGGGCAACAGCUUCGUGUUGUGGGUCCUUCUGAGGAGAAGAAAGCACAAUGCACCUAUGCACCUGUUUAUGGUCAACCUGUGUGUGGCUGACCUGGUGGUGGCUCUCUUUCAGGUACUGCCUCAGCUGAUAUGGGACAUAACAGAGAGGUUUCAGGGGCCUGACUUGCUCUGCCGGUCCGUCAAGUACUUGCAGAUAGUGGGGAUGUUUGCUUCCUCCUACAUGAUAGUUGCCAUGACAGUCGACCGGCACCAUGCCAUCUGCUGCCCACUGCAGGCUUACCGCGUUGGAGCUAUGUCCCGCUGGAACACCCCUGUGAUGGUGGCGUGGGGCCUGGCUCUGGUGCUUAGCAUACCGCAGGUGUUCAUCUUCUCCCGCUCAGAAGUAGCGCCAGGAGAGUUUGAGUGCUGGGGUCACUUCACUGAGCCGUGGGGGCUGAAGGCCUACGUCACCUGGAUGACCGUGGCUGUGUUCCUGCUGCCCGCCCUCAUCAUUACCAUCUGUCAGAUAAGAAUCUUCCGCGAGAUUCACAACAACAUCUACCUGAAGUCAGAGAGGAUAGUGAUGGCUGAACUGAAAAGGAGUGAAAACCUGUUUCGCAUCCACGGCUUUAGGAAAGAGGAGGACCGGGCAAGGGAAAGGGAGAGGGGAAGACAGGUGCCUAGGAGAGGAGGAGGAGGACAACUGCUGAAGGACAGUAAUUUACAUGACUGCGAAGUGGGAGAACAUUACGACUAUGUGCCGUCUGUUAUUCAGUAUAGUAGCUGCUGCGGUGAACGUCAGACAGAAGGAACAUCAUUAUCGCAGGAGCAAAUACCAAAGGGCUCCGAUUUCUGGGAGUCCUGUACCACUUCUCCCCGCUGUGCCCUGGACUGUGCCCCCCCUCCACAUCCGGUCACUCCACCUCACAGUAUCACUAAAGCCAUGUCCAAGACAGUGAGGAUGACCCUAGUUAUAGUGCUGGUCUACACCAUCUGCUGGUCGCCAUUCUUCAUUGUUCAGUUGUGGGCGGCUUGGGAUCCAGACCCUCCAGACCAAGGAGUAGCCUUCACUAUCCUGAUGCUGCUGGCCAGCCUGAACUCAUGCACCAACCCGUGGAUCUACACGGCCUUUUCCAGCAGCGUGUCCAGAGAGCUUCAAAACCUGCUGCAGUGCCGGUCACGUCUCGGCCGACGGGGCUCCCUCCCCGAUGACUCUACGGCCACACACACCUCCACCACAAAGGACAACCUGUACUGACAGACACCGAAAAGAUGAAAAUACAGGCACAUGCUUGAAAAACACAUGGCGAGUUAGCUGCAAGGACUGAUGCAGCUUGUAGUUCAUGCAUCACAGCCUGGGAACAGCCUGACCUCUACCAGAUGUUUGCUUUGACAAAGGACAGCUGUACCCUCAGCAGGACAUCCAUCUGUGCUCACCUGUCUGCUCAGCCCCCGCCCCUCUACCUACCGGAAGGAUGUCAUUGACAAUGUCAACACCACACACAGUCCAGCCUCUCUUGCAUCUGCAAUGCAAAAUGAUCUGGAAAGUAAAGAGAUUUUCACUUCAGUAGCUUUUGGCUUGGAUCUUGUGGAGUGAUUCAUGUGAGGAAAA